AUGCAGCACCCCAAUACAUAUGAUAUAUAUGCAAAAUAUAAUCCGCCAAAGUAUUACGCCAAUGGCUCUCCAAGAUUAGAACUUCGUUAUCUUCUCCGUCUACGUCAAAGUCUUAUUGACGAGAACCAUUAUAUCGUCCUGCAGUUCGAAAGCCAGUUGCAUCUAAUAAAGAUGCGAUUUGAAGUGCAGGUUUAUUCUUCACAGAGUUGCCUUGAGAUUAUGAUGUUUCAUAACAAGACCUCAGCCAAGAAUAUGUUGUGGAGAUUGAGCGAUAUUAACAAUAAAGAAGAAGAGUACAGUGACAUAGUUAAUUUCGGGGACGACGGGGAGCAUUUUAACCGUAACGAUGUAUUAAUUGAUGUUUUGGGUAUCGAAUCAGAUUUGCUCAACGUGAAUAUAGAUGGAGUAUUUAAUGAGAAUGGCCAGCGGAAGAAUUCAAAUAAUUCAGACACCAACCGUAAAGGAGUGAUAUCAGAUUCUGGAAAUAAUGAUAUUAGAAAUGCAUAUGGUGGUCACCAUGAUGAAGAUUUUAUUGAAGAAUUUCGUCAAAAGUUUAAGGAUCGGUUAACUGCCCAAUUGAAAAGCAUCGUCGAAUCAUCCAACAUUGGUAAUAUAAUGAAUGCUGAUGAUUUUAUUUCAAAAUUACUGGACGCAACAAUUGAAGAAUUGGAAAGAUAUCAUGAAGAAAAACAAGCAAGCGACCUCGUUAAUCCAGUUAAUGAAACUGGGGCGAAUAAUAAUACCAAUUUAUCAUCACCACAUCAAACCCCACCUAGAUCAAGAUCACUCAACCAGAUCUUAAAUCCUAUUCCCCAGGGUACACAACAAGAAUUCGUACCGCCUGUACCCCAUAUGGGACCACAGCCGCCAUAUCCAUCACAACUUACACAUCCUCCACAACUUCUACAUCCACCAUAUUCAUCCCGUACGUCACAUCCAUCACAUCCUCCACAUCUAACACAAGAGCAGCAGCCUCUAAAACCCUCACAACUUCUACAACCUCCGCAGCUACCACAAGAGCAGCAGCAACUACCUACACAACCACCACAACUAUCACAACCACCACAUUCACAAACUCUUAGUGUUUCAGAGACUCAAAAAAAUAAAGAACGUUCCACAAAGAUUCCUAUCUCCAAAAUUGUCAGCCAAAACGGUAAUUUCGAAGAUUAUUUGCAGAAAAGCAGAAACCCUCCGGCUAUUGAAUCUUGGAGCACUCCAGAAGCUGCCAAUGAUUAUAAUAAUAAUGGCUCCACCGUCAACAAUUAUAACUUUAAUGCUAACUCCACUUCGGAUUCAACAAGCAAGAAAAGACCAUAUUCAAUGCUUCGUAUAUCAUCAAUGUUGAAUUCUGACCCUGUGAAUGCACUAGAUGAGGAAGUUAAGGAAUUGGAGGAUUUCUUUACCAGCGAGGAGGAUGAUUAUGAGGAAAUAGAAGAGACAGGAACUCGGGAUACGGAAUCUUGGCGUGCUCCGGAUAAUUCAAGUUAUGGUGAUUAUGACGAUGAUGGCAAUACUACCUCAAACUCAUUAGGGAAGGAUCAAAAAUCAAUCGAUUCAGCGGCUGAUGAACCAGGUAAUUCAUCUACAACGGAUGGAAUUAGACCUUCUAAUCAAAUAAAUUCUAUUCCAUCAAUAAAUUCUAUUCCAUCAAUAAAUCCUAUUCCUUCAAUCAAUCCUAUCCGAUCAAUAAGUUCUAUUCGACCAAUAAGUUCUAUUCCAACAAUAAUGGAAGCUGGAAACGACAAUGGUAAAGGAAAUUUGCCCAUCAUUUCUACUCCACCAGCGUCGUCAUCUUCUAACAUUGACAUGCAGAAAGCCGCAGAAAAUGGGGAGCUUAGUUAUAUUACCGAAGAUGCGAGGGAUCCUCAAAAUAUUGUGGAAAUUGAUGGUAUUCAAGUGGCCAAUGGUCCGGAAUACCUUGAACUUAUUCCUAAAAAUUUCAAGCCUCGUUCAAGAAAGGACCCUAACAAGUAUUGUUCGACAACCAUACUCACUAAAGAUCCUUUGGAUCUUCGAUUAUGUCCAAUUUGUGGUCGGAAGUUUUAUAGAGCAGAACAUUUAAAGAGACAUUUGACCUCGGUGCAUAGCUUGGAGAAACCUUUUGAGUGUGACAGCUGCGGAAAGAAGUUCACUAGAAAAGAUAAUUUAAAUCAGCAUCAAAAGAGAAAACAUGGUAAAAUAAUAAGAAGAGAACCUAGAUCUAGAUCUAGAGGAACAGAAGGUCCAUUAACCACUCCCCCAUCAUCUUCAUCCUUUUCAUCAUUUCAACUUGAUCAAAAUUGA